CCGAUGAGCAACUGAAUACGUGCAACGUAGAGCGCGGCAUCCCGCACUUAUCCCAUUCGGCCUUUUGCCAGCCAACGCGCAACCACGCGACGUCGACGGAGCUGUACACCGAGCUAAAUGGAGCAUAACGGGGCUACCGUCGAGGUUGGAGCCGUGCACCCGGUAACCUACCGCUUAACGAGCGGUUGCAAACCCUCCAGCCAGGUUCAUCGCAACCUCAGCGUGUCAUGCACGAAGGAGGACUCUCGACGCCGUCGGAUGUCCUGGAACGGCGUCGCUGCCAAUCGUGAGUCUGACGACGACUUCGACUGUCCUCAACACCCUCGCACAACUAGAGCGGUUUCUGCUGUUACCUCACCAACGCGCCUUCGGCUCAUUUACGAGGAUGAAGAUACCAAGGCGCGGGUAUGCGGAAAUGUGCAGCGACUGCUCAAUGUCGCCCAAAAGGACCCCGAGGCCAAGUCCGCCAACGCGCAAUUGGCGCGGAAGGUGCUGAAAUAUCGGCGAGUCAUGGGGAGAUUGGACGACGUGAACGUGGAGGACCCGGACUUCGACGUGUCGGCCUUCUUCGGCAUCGAGUGGUGCCGCUUGGGUGCUCCCUCGAGUUGAAGUUGGUUGUUGUACCUGUACCGUUCAUGUUGAAGUUUUCUCCACUCUCUCUGCUGUCAUUGUAUUGCCGGGGGAAGGACAAAAAUAGUGAGACUUUCGUAGAAAAUAGCAUCAAUGACGGGAGUUUAGCUUUCUACACUGCGUAACACUGACAGAACUCGCCUGAAGCAGAGGCCGAAUACAUGU